AUGCCUGGUAGCCUAAUAGAUACCCGACAACAGCCGUUGAGCGUAGGGAUAGUUGGCGGUGGUAUCAUCGGCGUCAUCUUAGCAGCAGGCCUCGUCCGGCGCGGCAUUGAUGUCAAAGUAUUUGAGCAAGCACGCGGCUUCCGUGAGAUCGGGGCUGGAAUGGCCUUCACAGCCAAUGCAGUACGAUGUAUGGAAAUGCUUGACCCGGCAAUCGUCUGGGCCCUAAGAUCCAGCGGUGCAGUCCCCAUCUCAAUCGGAGAUCAUCAAGCAGAAGCGCGCGAUUAUCUUCGAUGGGUGGAUGGAUACCAUGAGUCCUCGAAAAGGCUAUACCAGUUAGAUGCAGGGAUUAGGGGCUUUGAGGCCUGCAGACGUGACCAAUUCUUGGAAGCGUUAGUUAAGGUUCUCCCUGAAGGCAUUGUUGAGUGUCAAAAGCGAUUACAGAAAAUUCACGAAAAGAAUGAGACUGAAAAAGUGACCUUGGAAUUUGCCGACGGUACAUUUGCUCACGUUGAUUGUGUUAUUGGCGCCGAUGGGAUUCGAUCUCGUGUUCGUCAACAUCUCUUCGGAGAGGAUUCUCCCUAUUCCCAUCCCCACUACAGUCACAAAUUUGCCUUCCGGGGUCUUAUCACCAUGGAAAACGCCAUUUCCGCUCUUGGAGAAGACAAGGCACGCACACUUAAUAUGCACGUGGGACCAAACGCUCAUCUGAUCCAUUAUCCGGUCGCGAACGAAACCAUGGUCAACAUCGCCGCCUUUGUAUCCGAUCCCGAAGAAUGGCCUGAUAAGUUGAGUUUGGUGGGCCCAGCAACAAGGGAAGAGGCAAUGGGGUACUUUGCCAAUUGGAAUCCCGGCCUCCGCGCCGUGCUUGGCUUCAUGCCAGAAAAUAUUGACCGAUGGGCAAUGUUCGACACGUACGACUACCCCGCUCCUUUCUUUAGUCGGGGGAAAAUCUGUCUCGUUGGCGAUGCGGCCCAUGCUGCUGUCCCGCAUCAUGGAGCAGGGGCUUGCAUUGGUAUAGAAGAUGCCCUCUGUGCGACAGUUUUGCUGGCCGAAGUCUUUGUUUCAACUCGUGGAAAAAGUUCCAUUGUUCGCAAUCGAGCUAUAGCUGCGGCGUUCGGAUCUUUUAAUGCCGUUCGGCGGGUUCGAGCUCAAUGGUUUGUAGACAGUAGCCGGAGGGUAUGUGAUUUAUACCAGCAACCUGAAUGGGCAGACCCCCAGAAACGGAUAAAGGCGGAGAACUGUUUCGAGGAGAUUAAAGAUCGGUCCCACAAAAUAUGGCACUUUGACUACAAUUCAAUGCUACAAGAGGCAAUUGAGAAAUAUCGGCACAAUAUGGGAUCUUGAUAACAUGGUCGCUCCAGUUCCUACCUAGCUUGUUGCUAAGUAAAUCAAGGUUCAUGGUUCAUAUAGCAAAAUUAAUUAUCUAAUUUUAAACC